GUGCAUCGGAGAGUCUUGUCAAAUCUUUUCCGAUGAGUCCAGUCUGGCUCUGGAUAGGAGGGAUUUAGAGGAUUAAGGUGAGUCAGGAUUGCAAAACCCUGGAGGAUAAUCGACCCACCCUGCCAGGUUCAGUCGCGUGGAGUAAUGUUUUAGAUAAGGCAAAGCACAACAGGCUCAGAUUGAGACAUGGGUGAGACAGCUGGCAAGGAGCAUGGAAUUGUUACAAGAUCUGCUGAGUAUAUUGGCUCAUUUCCUGUGGAUGACGGUUGUUUGGAUGAUCAGAUUCAGCAGCUGCACACUCAGCUGAAGUCUUUCAAGUACUGCAAGAGCAAGCGAAUGGUCUCAUUGAGAUUCUCUAUCAAGGGAGUCAAAGUUUAUGAUGAAGAUGAAAUGACGCUCCUCAUGGCUCACGCCAUGUGUCGAGUCUCGCUGUCCACCUCCCAUCCGUCUGAUGCACAGUUUGCCUUUGUCUCCCAUAAUCCUGGAAAUUCUGAUGCCCAGCUCUAUUGCCAUCUCUUCAGAGCCAGACAUGCCCGAGCUGCCCAGUUCCUGAACCUGCUGCUUUGCCGCUGUUUUCAGCUGUAUUUUCUGGAGAAGCACCCAGAGGAAGCACAGGACGAGUGUUCAGGGAAGAAACCAACUCGAACGCCAUCAUUGCUUAAUCAAGGAUUCCCUCUCAGUGUUAGUGCCUUGGUGUCCUUCCGCAGGGCCCCAACUCAAGGCCUACUGCCGGGGGCAAAGGUGUUCUCGCAGCCGAGCACGGAGCAAGUCAGCAGUCCUGAAGAGGGCCCCACUUCCUCUCCGACUUUAGUUCGUAAAAGGGCGAUUCGAACUAAAGAGCUGCGCUCCGGAGCGUAUCGCUCUUUUACAUUUACUCCCCUAAAACAGCGCCACCUGCAGGAUAAACUGAGUGCACCACAAGAAAAGGAACAGGCCAAUGCAAAAGCAUGCAAGUCUCCCAGUUUGGCCGAGACAGAAGAAGCUCUGGCUCAAGCAGUGUGGUGCUGGGCUGGCGUGUCUAGCGACUGUAGUUCCUCACUUCUGGCAGAUGAUGUCUUGGGUGCCUUCCUGCUAUGUCCUCAUCCCAAAAAGCCCAGCCGUGGGUGUCUUAUAGUCCGCUUUCCCUCAGGACUGGUAACUCAUGCUAUUAAGAAUUCGAAGGGGAAGUUCCGGCUCGAGAAAUGCCACAUUGACUUUGAAAGCCUUGCUGCUUUGAUCGAGUACUACACAGAGUUCAGUGAGGAGCUGGAAUGUUCUCUGAGCUGCGCCCGCGUCAACCACUGCUACGAUUGGGAAGAGAUUGUGAAUAAGAGUUCACGUUCACUGCAGGACAACAAGAAAGGCACAUUCCAAAACCAAAGUUGGGUUUGAGUCCUGUCUUGUAUGGACUUUUUUAAAUAUAAUCGUU